UCCCACAAUGCACUAAAAUUGGCCAACAACUUCCGGGAAGCGUUUGUGACUGACCGCUGCCAACAUGGACGUAAACAGCAAACCAGAAUCUCAAAAAUUACAUCUUAUUCACUGAAGUUUUCAUUUGUAUUUAUAUGAGGAAAAAAACCGUGUUCUUUAUCGUAAUCUUCACUGGAUCUCGCGACUGUUUACGUUGUUUAUUUAGCUCUGAAGCUAAGCUAAGCUACCUGUGUUUGUGAUGUAAACAGUCUGUUAUUGAGGAUGUACACUUUAUUAUCGGGUCUGUACAAGUAUAUGUUCCAGAAGGACGAGUACUGCGUCCUGAUCCUCGGUCUGGAUAAUGCAGGGAAAACGACCUUUCUGGAACAAACAAAAACAAAAUUCAGCAAAAACUACAAGGGCAUGAACCUCUCGAAGAUCACGACUACAGUCGGCCUCAACAUCGGCACCAUCGAUGUGGGAAAAGCUCGUCUGAUGUUCUGGGAUCUUGGAGGACAAGAAGAACUUCAGUCUUUGUGGGAUAAGUACUAUGCAGAAUCUCACGGCGUCAUCUACGUCAUUGACUCCACCGAUGAGGAGCGCUUGGGCGAGUCGAAGAACGCUUUCGAGAAAAUGAUCAGCAGUGAAGUUCUGGAAGGAGUUCCUCUUCUUGUGCUGGCCAACAAACAGGACGUCGAGAACUGUCUGUCCGUCCCCGACAUUAAGACGGCCUUCAGUGACUGCGCUCCCAAAAUCGGGAAGAGAGAUUGUCUGGUGCAGCCCUGCUGUGCUUUAUCAGGGCAGGGAGUGAAUGACGGCAUUGAAUGGAUGGUCAAGUGUGUGAUCCGGAACAUUCACCGCCCUCCCAGACAGAAAGACAUCACAUAGAACAUCAUCUGUGUGUGUGUGUGUGUGUGUGUGUGUGUGUGUGUGUGUCGGGUGUUUUCUGUAAAUGCAUAGAGGACGCAGUUAUUCUGAGGACAUGUAAGUUAUGAUAUUAUAUUUGCAGACCUCCAGAGUUUGAUAUCUGUGCUGUGAUAUUUAUAUGCUGAACUGACACCGUCAGUCUUGAUUUAUCAUGAGUUUUUAGGUUCUCUGCUAAAAUCACCCCUUCAGAUUAAAUCAGUAGUUACUAAACAUAAUGAAGACGUUCCUCAUGUAGAAUUUCAAAAGGUGUUUCUAUGACCCAAAACCUCAUUUCUAAUUACUAACCAAUUAUAUAAUAAACAGCAGAGAUGGAAAACAAA